AUGGUUUCCCUUUUCGGCUUGUUCCCAUACAUCCACGAGGAUAUUUUCCUCCAGUAUCGUCCGUUCCCAGAAACAACCACCAAUGUGGCGGUCGCGCACUGGCACGAGGUUGCCGGCUCGUUUGUGUUCUACCUGGCGGUUCACUUCCUCGCACCACACUUCUCGCGCACAUUCUGCCCGAAAGCGUACGCCUCUUUGUCACCAAAAAACAGAGCAAACUUUGAUAUCCACCAUGUGGCAAUGGUCCAGGCGCUCAUCUCCAUCGUCGUGACCGCGUUCUUCUGGAACAACCCCGACUGGACCUCCAACGAUAUCCACGGGUACCGCCCAUUCGGCGGCUUCAUCUCGGCAAUUACCGUCGGCUACUUCAUCUGGGACUUGGCCGUGUGUGCACGCUACUUCCAUUUGUUCGGUGUGGGCUUCCUUGCGCACGCGGUCGCAGCGCUUGCGGUCUUCGCGGCAACGCUCAUUCCGUUCUGCCAGCCGUGGGUCCCGUGCUUCCUCCUCUUUGAAUUGUCCUCACCGUUUGUCAACAUGAACUGGUAUGCCAGCAGAUUGCCGGAGGGUACCUUUUCCAACACGUUUGUGCUCGUCAACGGCCUCUGCUUGAUGGUCACCUUCUUUAGCGUGCGCAUUGUCUGGGGCUUCUACGCCAUCUACACCUGUUUAUGGUCCUACUACACGCAGUGGGCGACCAUCGACCACAAAUGGGUUCCGAUCAUGAUCGUCUCCCUCAACACCAUGUUGAACGUGUUAAACGUGUUCUGGUUCACAAAGAUGGUCCAAAUCGCGAUCAAGAAGGUCCUGGGCAAGAGCCGGAGCAAGAAGUUGGAGUGA